CGUGGACGACUGACAAUUCCGCCAGUUUCUAACCGUAUGCUGCUCAUAAAUCUCUAGUUCGCUCUCGUAAUGCGUGAUACUGUCGCGUAUUUCAUAUAUCUAAUCUUUAACGGGACAUAAAAGCCCAAGCGUUGCCCGCGCGCGCUCACUGGAAGAAAGCGGCGCGGGACCACCUUAAAACAAAAGCGCGAUGGCCAUCGGACGGGUUUAAAGCGCUCGCUCGCUUCAGCUCCAGCGGAUAACAUGCAGACGACAGUGACGCAGGGGCUGUGCUGGACAAACCACUCUGACUGCUGAUACAUCGCGCUGAUAAACCUGCUAAAUACCGCUUUUACACCAAAAACAUCGACGGACUCGAGGCGUUUGUGUUGUUGCGACCACUGCAGGGUUUUGCUGGAGCCAUGGUUUAGUCUGAUAUAACGGUCACAGAUCUGGAUGAACACUAUGGCUGCAGUGGUGAAUUAUUCUCCGCCGUGGUGGGUUAACCUUUUCCAUCGCCUCCCGCACUUCAACCUACAGUUUCAGCAGACCAGCAGUGAUUUCCGACCGGAUGACUCGGAUUAUCAAAAGGCGGUGUUGUUGCUGGGAGCAGCAGCAUUGGUUUGUUUGGCGCUGGAUCUUCUCUUCCUCCUUUUCUACUCAUUUUGGCUGUGCUGUUGCCGCAGGAAGAACCAUGACUCGCCCAAUGCUGACUGCUGCUGCACCGCCUGGUGUGUCAUCAUCGCCACGCUUGUGUGCAGUGCUGGCAUUGCAGUCGGUUUCUAUGGAAAUGGCGAAACGUGCGAUGGCGUGACACGGCUGACAUAUUCCUUGCGCCACGCUAACCAAACAGUGGCAGGCAUCGACAAACUGGUCUCAGAGAGUACAAGCAGUCUGAAUGAAACCCUGAUGGAGGGUUUGGUGCAACUGGAGACCGUGUACUCGAAGCAGACUGACUACCUGUCCAUCGUCCAGAAACUGCAGGGUCAGCUGGACGAGCUCAUCAAUCUGAUGCUGGGGGUGCCUUUCUGGAGCAGUGCCGAUCUCUCUUUGGAUCACCUGGCCUCCAUCACUGAGCAGUAUGACUGGUACAGGUGGUUGGGUUAUCUGGGCCUGCUGCUCUUUGAUGUCAUAAUCUGCCUGCUUGUUUUGGUCGGUCUCAUACGCAACUCUAGAAGCAUCUUGAUUGGUGUUUGUUUUCUAGGUGUGCUGACGCUGGUUAUCAGCUGGGCUUCACUUGGGCUUGAGUUUUCUUUUGCUGUGGGUGCCAGUGAUUUUUGUGUUUCUCCUGACUCUUACAUCACCAAAGUGACACGUGAGAACGCCGUUAUCAACCAAGAUAUCCUGCAGUAUUAUUUGAAGUGCAGCAUGGGACAGACCAACCCAUUUCAGCAGAAACUCUCUGGGAGCCACAAAGCCCUCGUGGAGAUGCAGGACGAUGUUUCUGAGCUCCUGCGUUCAGCUAUCAGAGAUUUCCCCAAGACAAAGAGUAACCUUGAGGAGAUGCAGGGGGUGUUAAACUCCACUGAAGUCUCCCUCCACCAUCUCACUGCCCUGGUUGACUGUCGGAGCCUGCACAUGGACUAUGUGCAGGCUCUGACCGGACUGUGUUACGAUGGAGUCGAGGGUCUCAUUUAUCUGGUCCUGUUCUCAUUCGUCACCGCGCUAAUGUUUAGCUCCAUCGUUUGCAGUGUGCCACACACCUGGCAGAGCAAGAGGUCUGAGGAGGAGGAUGGUGAUGAGACUUCGGCCACUCUCGGCUCGCGAGCGCCGCAUGAUAACCUGUACCGCGUGCACAUGCCUAGCCUGUACAGCUGUGGCAGCAGCACCUACGGCAGUGAGGCUAGUCUCCCCGCUGCGGCACACACUGUCAGCAACGCACCAGUCACUGAGUACAUGAGCCAGAAUGCUAACUUUCAGACCCCUCGGUGCGAGAACACGCCACUCAUUGGCAGAGAAUCCCCCCCGCCGUCAUACACCUCAAGCAUGAGGGCCAAAUAUCUGGCAACCAGCCGCCCAGACCAACCCAGGCCAACAGAAUCCCAGAACGGCCUGGAGCCCAACAUGCGACCAGAUCUAACCAGCCGCUCAGCUCCCAAUAGCCGACCAAAUUCAGCCAUCCAUCGGCCCCACUCCGCCAUCCAUUAACCACUCUCUAAUGCGUAACCAUUAGCCAUCUACCUGUCAAGUCCACUAGUAUGAAGUUUGUCUCCGGUAACAAAAUCCACCCUACCAUCCUUCUAUCCGAUUGGAAUCAGUCGCCCGGACUCAUGUGCUUUGGCUUUUUAAAGACUCCAUUUUUGCCAAACCUUAAUUCCAACUGCCAUUUUUUACUCCCCAAUGCAUCACAGCAACAACACUGCCCUCUUCUGGAGGACUCCUCUCUCAGUCGUGUGCACAGUAACUCCCAUACUACCCUAAAAGAGUCUCUCAGGGCAGCCAUAUUGGCAAGGACUGCAGGACCACGAUAAUGGUUUUUACCACUGUCAUUUUUAAGAUGAUUUGAUUUUAUGAUGGAGUUCUAUUUUUAAGUAUUUUGCAAAAUUACACUGUUUUUAGGUUUUAAUGAUGCAGCCUUUGCUCUUUCUCUGCAGUUCCUGACAAUAUGGCAGCGUUCUGCUACUACAGCCACAAUACAAAGUGUCCAUCAUUGCUAUUCGAUGUUGAAGGAGACGUUUACUCGUUUACAAAUGUUCAUGAGUUCACUGAAUUCCAUACUUGUGGAUUUACAAGGCUACUCUUUGUAUUUACAGUACAGUGUGAUCUGUGGUGUAACCCAGUGUGAAUUGACAGCCAUCAAGCCUUUGAGCCAUUAUGCACAUUCAGUAUUUGGUAACACUUUACAAUAAGGCUCAUACCUGCCAACACUCCUGUUUUUCCCAGGAGUCUCCAGAUUUCAGAUCUCCCACCACCCUCCCAUUUUGUUAUUUCUCCCGGAAAACUCCUGUAAUUUCACCCCCCCGGUCCUUAGCCUUAUGGUACAGUCUGUAACAUCACCGGGUCGCCAACUUUGGUAUAGGAUCCGAUUGCAACGGCCACCCAAAACCCGCUUCAUAAUAUGAUUACUAACACCACAAUUCAACUACUAACCUGGUUCUUAACAGUGUUAUUCAGACACCUCAUCCCCGAACACCCACCCACUACCCGUUCUCCCGGAUUUUCAGAGACGAAUGUUGCCAGGUAUGAUAAGGCUCCAUAAGUUAAUGUCAGCCAAUGUAUUUGCUUACAUGAACCAAAAAUGAACAAUGCAUAUAUUACAUGUAUCCCAGCAAACAAUUUUGUGUUUACUAGACGUCUAAUACAGUGUGUCCGCGAGGUCUUAAAAAGUAUUAAAAGUUGAUCAAUUAUGAGAAAAUUAAGGCCCUUGAAAGGUAUUUAAAAGUCUUAAUUGUGUUUUUAUGAGGUCUUAAAUUUUGUUCAAGCGUUGUCCAAGUGUUUGACUCCAAAAAAUAUAUUUAUUUUUCUACUAAUAUCAACAAUGGCAUGCUCGAUCUAUGCGAUUUGUUCGGGCCAGGGUGCAUCCGGCCAAGCAACUCUAUUUAGGCGAUGUCACAUAAUUUGCGAUAAUCGUGGGAAGGUCAUGUGACGCUCUCCACAUGUAGCGAAACCAUAGAGCGAAACAGAUGGCAAAAUGGGAAAAUGUAAGUUAGCGUACUCAUAUUUGGAGAGACGAGUUUAAACGGUGGCUGAAGCCUGUCGCUGAAAACAACUGCGUAAUUUAUUAUUUCAAGCUUUGCUUCUUCCGAGCUUAUCGGAGUUCUGUUUAUGGUUGUUCUCCAUUGAUUUAUUUAACUACAACUGUUUAUUAACAUGUGUUUAUUAAGUUAAAGGUUUGAUAGUGAUUAGAACUUGAAGUGGCGAUGAGGUCUUAAUAUUCUGAGGUCUUUAAAAAGUCUUACAAAGGUAUUGAAAUUACUUUUAGGAUUCCUGCAUAUACCCUGUAAUGGACAUCUAAACGUAGACAGCUUGGCUAAACUUGGGCUGUCAGUGAAAAUCUAAUAGACAUCUGAGAAUCACCCAAAACUAGACUAGUCCUCAAAUAGACAGAUUAGACAGACUUUAUAUGUGUAGUCAUUCAUUUCUGUUUAUUUUAUGACUAGUCUAAUUUUGGCCUAUUCUUAGAUGUCUAUUAGAGUUUUACUGACAGCCCAAAUUUAGCCUUGUUUUAGCCAAGAUGACUACGUUUAGACCUCUAUUAGACAUCUCUUAGAAACGAAAAAUGCUUGCUGGGAUGUUAAUGCCAAUAUUUGUUCAUUGUUAGCAGUGCGUUAACUAAUGUUAACAUGUUUUAGUAACGCAUUUGCAAAUGUUGAACUAUAUUUACUAAAUGCAUUCUUAGUUCAUGCUAGUAAAUGCAUUAACUAACAUCAACUAAUGGAUCUUUAUUGUAAAGUGUGACCCAGUAUUUUAUUGUAGAAGGGAAACAGUUGCACUGCACAUAAACAGUGUGUUUGUGCGAUGGGAGUGUUUGCCUUGUGCAUUAGUGAGUGUGUUUUAAAACCGCACAACUCACGAGCUUUGCUCUUUGUAAAUAAUGUUUUUGUACUUAAAAAAAAAAAUGUCUAAAUGAGCAACACUACAAACUCGAUGCACUAAUCUUCUCUGUAACAGUGCAGUGCGACCUUUGCCGUGGCUAAGAGCUGCAGUGAUGAAGAAAAAAUAAUCGUCAAUGAACUCUGUGAUGAAAUAAUAGUACAUGUUUUGUAGACAUAUCACUUGAAUUUGUGAAUACACUUGUGGGUGCUCGUGUGUGUAUGUGCACACUUUAAAUGUGAAUAUUUCUAACGGAGGAAAAUCUGCGUGGAGUGGAAAAGGCGAAGAAGGGAUACCUGGACUUAAAGAGAAAUGCCUCCCCACAUUGUUAUUUUUGUCUUCGGUUUAGGCAUGUCGUCCAGGCUUCACUUGUUUAUUUUUUAUCAGGAGAUUUUUAGUUUUGUAGUGAAUCGGAUUUUAUUUUCACCAUGGUCAGCCUUGUUCUUAUUUUUGUUUCGAAUUUAUGGGGAAACACUUCUCUGUGGUGUUGAUGGAUCUGCAAUAUGGACACUGGACGUGUGCCACUUACUGGACUUUAUUGCGGUUUCGCCUCCUUUCCGCAGGAGAAGGAUGAAAAAAAAAACUAAUUCUGAUGGGGACAAUGAAACUGAGGAAAGUUCCUCCUUGUCAUGCAGUCACUAAGUAAGACUUGUGUGGAUGUAGUGUAAGAUAACCUAGCUGUCUUUACCAAGUGCAGUAUUGUUGGUUUCAUUUACUUGCAUCCAGUCUCAUAAGGCUGACAUUGCAGUGUUUCGACGUUUGUCAUCACAUGCCAGUCAACAGCUAAUGUUAUCAUUCGUAAGAUGUGGCAUCCGAAGCCAAUCUCGAGACAUCGCGACUUGAUUCUUGAACGUAGGUGUUUAUGGAUUCAUUUUGAUUUUAAUAAAUAUCAUAAAUUACAUUAGCAGGUAGAAAUGUCGUUUUAAACUGGAAAAUGCUAUAAUGCUGUAACUUUCAUGACUUUGUGACACCUUCUGUCGAAUGAGGUUUAUUUCCGUGCAACUAAAAUGGACGCUGUGUUCAGAUGCCAACAGGAAAGGGCUUGUAUCCCUCAAAUCUCAUGCACUGACAUGCUUUGACCACUUGGUUACAACACAAAAUAACACUCAUGCACAAAAAGCAACAAUACAACACUACGUUUCACAUAAGCAGAAUAUUACUGGAGUCAUUUUACACUCAACGCAAGUGGAUAAAAAUGCACCUUAACACUCAAUAGACACAAUGUAAAACUGCUCUGAAAUUUGUGAGUCUUUUUACGGUAUGUAUUCAACCACUAACCAUCAUAUAGAGACAAUCCAAAUGUUCGGAUCUAUGAUUCUGUACCAUACGAUGCAGUUGCAUGACUGAAGGAAACACGAGGAGGAAAUAUUCUGCCUUUCUUAACAUUUUCAUACAGUAACCUUUCUUUCUGUAAAUGUACACAUUUUCUUUUUCUAGCGUAUUGUUAGCUUUCUAUUGUAUAGACCAUAACAGACGAGCCUACUCACUCCUUUCUAAAUGUGAAUGAUUCGAAUGAUUCGUCAUAAAUUGAUGUUUUGAUAACAAUUCUUAUGGAUUUUUUCAUGUUUUUUAUGUUUUUUCAUUUGUGAUUCAAGAUGUUGUACAUGUCAGAAAACUUGACUUUCUGAGCCUGGAUUCAAUGUUUUAAUAAUAUAUUAAAAUGAACUCAUCUGGUGCAGGGUGUUGAGCAUCAGUGCCUGGAAACAGAGACAAAUCACUUUAUUAAGGUAUGCAUUUAUCAAGAUUAGCGCUGCAAAAAAGCUUAAAGUGAAAUAAGGAGGUGCGAAAUCUAAGCUUUGAAGGUAUGCCAAAGUUCUUGAAGAGAAUUUGUACAGUUGUUUGUUUGAAAACUGCAUGAAAGUCUGUGAGCGGGCAUACAUUUUAAAAGUAGACCAUGUUGUAGUACAACUACAAAUAAUGCAGUUGGGCUGUUAAUAAACUGAUAUAUGUUUAAAUGCCAUAGAGAAA